UUUAAAAAGUGCAUCUUUUAAAAUGGUCAAGUUUAUGAGUUAACUCUAGAACUCAUUCUCCUGAUUAUCCAACGCUGUUCAAUAAGUUAAAUAUUCUACAACAACAGAGUAGUUCGUAGUUGGCUGUUAGCGAGGUUUCCAUAUUAAUUUGCAGAGAUGAGUGCUACCGAGAACUUUGAAAUUCCUAAAAUAAAGUUUGAUGCUCGGUUUCCAAACACAAAUCAAACAAAAAACUGCUAUCAAAAUUUUUUGGAUUAUCAUCGAUGUAUUAAAGCUAAAGGAGAAGAUUUUGAACCAUGUCAAGCAUUUAGCAAAAUAUAUCAUGGAUUGUGUCCUAAUGCCUGGAUUGAAAAAUGGGAGGAUCAGUUGGCAAAUAACUCAUUUCCUGGCAAGAUUUGAUGUAGACUUAUGCUGUUUAUAUAAUUACCAUAUUCCUCCUCAUAAAUAAUUA